AUGAAACGCCCGACUAGUGGCGUUGGGCAACAGCCAACUUUAUGGCUUUUGUUCAUUUUACGUUUACGAAAAUGUUUUAAACUACGAUAUUUAUUAACUAUAUUUAUUCUUUUUAUUAUUUUAACAUAUCUACAUCUUAUAAGUUAUACUCCUUCUAAACAAUCAAUAUUUACUAAAUUUGAUUCUAUUAUAGAAGAAGAAGAAAUAAUGAUUAUUAAUUAUACUCUUUUAAAUCAAUGUAAUUCUGAUGAAAUUGAAUUCUUACUUCAUUCUACUUCAUCAUAUAAUAAUAAUAAUAAUAAUAAUAAUAACGAUAGUCGACCACGACCAACAAUUGAAAGAUUAUAUAAACUUUUUCAAAUUCUUAUGUUUCUUGAAAAUAAAUAUCAUAAAAUAUUUAAUUAUUUAGGUAUAUUUCGUUUUAAUGAUUUUUAUAAUACAUUAAAACCAUUUGCUAAUAAUACUAAACAUUUACAAAAUAUUUAUUGUCUUUUUCAACAAUAUAUUAAUAUAUCUGAUAAUGGUCAUAUUAUUAUAAAACAAAAUUUUAUUUCUUAUUUAAAACAAGUUUCAAGUUAUUUAUCUGAUGGUUUUAAAAAUCGACAUUUAACUUGGAAUACAACUUCAGAAGAUCAAAUUCAAAAACCAGUUAUUAUUCUUGCAGCUAAUUCACAUUUUUAUGAUACAUUACAAGCAUCAAUGCAUACAGUUAAUGAUUAUUUAAAGGAUUAUACUGUUGCCAUUUAUGAUCUUCAAUUUAGUCCAACUCAAUUAAAUAUGAUCAAAGAGAAUUGUGUUCGAUGUAUAAUUAUUCCAUUUCCAUUUGCUCAAAUCGAUUCUGUUGCUCCACAUAUUCGAAGUUUAGGCAAUUUUGCUUGGAAACCUAUUGUAAUUCAGGAUGCUGUUCGACGUUUUGGUUCAAUUAUUUAUGGUGAUACAUCGAUUCGUUAUAAAACAUCAAAUUUCGAUCGUUUACUUAUUGAUAAUUUGAUACGUGGUUUUUCAUGUCGUGAAUUACCUGGACAUUAUUUACCAUGUUUUACUUUAAGUGGAACAUUUUCAUGGUUUAAUGAAACAUUUUCAACAUUUGAUGAUGUUUAUAUUGCAGAAGCAGGUUUUCUUGCUGUAACAGAUAAUUUUCUAUCACGUCUUAUACUUAAAACAUGGGUUACAUGUGCAUUAGAUUCAACUUGUAUAACACCAUCAUAUUCAAGAACUCAAUGUAAACGUGUAACCGGUCUCACAGAAAAACAUCGUUAUGAUCAAUCAGCUAUGGUAACUUUACUAUCAUUUUAUUUUUUUCCAAGUCCACGUCAAAAUGGUAAAAGUGAUCCAGCACCAUAUGAUAUGUAUACAUCAAUGCAAGAAAGAAUAGCAGAAGUUCGACGUUUUGAAGGUGAUAAAAAUGACUUAACUCGUCGGAAAAAAUCUUAA